AUGCCGGCAGACGAAUCCGUUACUUCUGGCUCGUCCGUAGCGCCCACGCAGAGCUCCCGGAGUACAGAGGGUGAUGCGUCUGCGGAUGAGUCUGAUGACACCAGAACUCUGGCCGAGGACGAAGAUAUAGGACUUGCUCCACGAGAUUGGACGAUAAUCCAGAUUCGUGAAAGGGAGGAUGAUGAGUACAGAGGAGUCGACCAGUACCUAAUCAAGUGGGCGCGGACUAGGCACCCGACAGCAGAUUUCGCCGUCAGCCUUCGACGGGGCACGCUGCGGGUCAGGGACGGCGAUGAUCAAUGGGCGAUCGUUCGCCACGACGAGACGACACCAAACCCAGGAAAUGGAGAGCCAGAAAUCAUUGUGGAGUGGGCAGACACCUGGCUCACGAUGUGGCAACUUCCUUCUGCAUGGACGGCCGUUGUGGAAUUCACCAGGCGAAACCCAUUGCCUCUCGGACUGAUCACAUCGGGAGCCAAGCCAGACCUGCAGAACUGGCCAAUAUUUUUGAAAAGCUGUUGGGAUCCGGAGUCGGAGCCGGAAACUGACGACGGCAACAAUCUGAUCGAAGACGACGAUUUUGAGAUCGAGGUACACAUCKAUUAUACCGCAUCAUUCCUUCAGCACUGCAAACACGAAUUGUCGGAGGGCAGGAAACUAGCCUCUCCAGCCAUUGCAUCUCUUCUGUGCAUGCCGGUACGCCAACGGCUGAAAUUCAAUCCAGAAUAUGUGAGGAUGAACAGUACUUUGAAGCUUGGCCGCAAGAAAUGGCGAGUCUUGCCAGUGUAUGUCGUGGGACUAGCCCUGCGCGUGCGCUGCAACCACUGYGCGACAAGGCCGCGCGAGGAGCUUCUUUUCGCUCUUUGCGUGUUCUGGCCAGGUGUCUUUGCCGAUGCAUGCGUGAACUGCGUCUACGCCGGCGGUAGAUAUGCCAUUGAAUGCACAUGUCGCCUAGGUCUAUUGGGGUGGAAGGAUGAUGCUCGUGCUAUCCAGUUACCUGAUGCUGGAACUGUCGAGACCGCUGCAUCUUCGGGAGAUGAGCAAGACCACAGCGUUGGUGCUCGAAGCUCCGUGAUGCCGGACGAGGACCAGAAUGAGGACGGCGUCACGCCUCACAGCGAGCAUUCAUCGCUUGUGCGUAACAGACGGGCAGAAGGAAGACAAUCCAGGUACUUCAGGCGUCGACAGGACGAGAGCGACGCUUCAAGCGACACAGGUCCAGGAGGAGAACAAAACUCUUCCACGCUGCGACCUUCCGGCGAAUCAACACCAAGAGGCGCUUCUAACGGCAGCACUCGUCAAGAUGACGAGCAAAGCAUCUUCACUCCAAGUGCCACCGACGCCGGCCUUGAGCACUCCCAACAACUUGGAACCCCACGAGAUGAGUCGAGUCUCCUUUUGAACCAAGAGGCAAACGCUGCUGAGUCUAGCAUCGAGCAAUCCGACUCUGGAGAUUUGCGAGUCGAGCCGGAUGUUCCAUCAGAUCCCGAUGCUGAUGUGCAAGGGCCGAGAAAUGCGAGUGGACAAGCUGUCCAGCGCACCGAUGGGAGAUUUGGCGACUGGGAUGUCGCGGGACCAAGUACACGACCGGCCCAUGGUCUUUCAGAGCGGCAGCUCUCCAAGCGACCAGUUGCUCCCAACGAUGGCAACGGAGCAGAGCGUUCGAAGAGGACUCGGAGGACAACUCGUGGGCCAGCUGCAGAUUCUAGUGUGCAUGAGGAAAAUCCUGCCAACCCUGUUGAGACGUUCAAGGUUGAGCUAACAGCCCUAUCUGAUCGAUCUCAGGCCGAGAGGAGCCCCGGAGUUGAUGCUUCCAGUCACAUGGAGUGCUCGAGAAAUCCCCGAGACAGAUGUGUCGAUGCAAUCAAAGGCUACAGGAUACCUCCGUACAACAAAUUCCAUCCUCCGCCUGGAGUUGUGUAUGCGCAUGAACAUACAUGGACACCCGGCGGCCUCAGCGACGACAACGUCAAGUUCAUCAUCAGCUGGUGUCCGUGCAACAAGACCGAGUUCCUGCAUCAGGGGUGGCAGAGAAUGUGUGUGGCAAACCCCAGCAACGGCGACAAGACGAAGUAUGAGGUGCUCUCCAUCCGCUACAGCCACGAGCUGAACAUGCUCAUCCAGGCUUAUUGUCCUCCCCGACCUCAAUGGCCUGGGCACGUCGUCCAAAUUGACUGA